GGGCGAGCGGCGCUGCGGGGCCGUGGGAGGAAGCGCUGCGCCCGGCCCGACGGCGCUCGUUGAGCCACAUCCGCGGGUCGCCGGCGACGUUGCCGGCGCCUGUCAAGGCCCCUCCAUUUUGAAGGAAGAGGCCGCCGUUCUCCCACCGCAGGGGCGGCAGCCGCGCUCAUGGCGUUCAGUCCCUGGCAGAUCCUGUCGCCCGUGCAGUGGGCCAAGUGGACGUGGUCCGCGGUGCGCGGUUCGGGCGCCGGGGAGGACGAAGCCGGAGGUCCCGAGGGCGACCCCGAGGAGGAAGAGGACUCGCAAGCCGAGACCAAAUCCCUGAGUUUCAGCUCGGAUUCUGAAGGUAAUUUUGAGACUCCUGAAGCUGAAACUCCAAUCAGAUCGCCUCUCAAGGAGUCUUGUGAUUCAUCAUCGGGAUUGGCAGAACCCGAGGCCAAAUCCCAAGAAUCUCGAGAAGCCGAUGAACAGUUGGUAGCAGAAGUAAUUGAAAAAUGUUCACCCGAUACAUGUUCUCGAUCUUCAGAAAAUGAAAUGCCACGGGCGACUGUCGAUUCUCACCCAGUCAAGGAUGUCAGAGGGAAGGCAGAACACGAUGUUAGCAAGAUCUCAGUAGUGAGGCCGUUUUCAAUAGAAACCAGGAAUUGCACAGAUGACCCUGUGGCUCUUGAGACAGCAGCAACCCAUGGCUGUGUCCCUGUGCUCCCAGGCAUGGCCUUGCCUUCCACCACACCGGAAGCCACUCAGGAUGAGCCAGUGAUGGACAGAGGCAUGGGGGUUACAUUGGAGGCUUUUACAGAAGCCAGUCUGAAGACUGGAGGCCCCUGUCCAGAGCCCGUGGCCAGCAGAAGCAAGCUAAGAAAGCCCAAACCUGUCUCCCUGAGGAAGAAGAUGGCCUCUGAACCGGAAAUGUUGAUGGAGGGUUCACCCCUCCCUAAGGCUUCCUCCCCAUGGCUUCCUGAUGGCUUGGAUCAGAACGCGAAUCCUAGUGUGCUGAGAGGCCCGGGGGCCCAGAGAUCUCCCCUUAACCUUAAAGAAACAGCUGGUGUUCUCAGUAAUGACACCAGUGACUCUGGGGUCGAGCUGCAAGAUGGGUCCAGGGACUCACCUCUCACACUUGAGGAUGAUUUUACAGAAGAUGGGGAGAAUGUCAAGACCAGGAGCACCCUUCCGAAGCAAUCUGGCAGGAAACCCAGUAACAAGCUGGCACCCAGUAUACGAAAAGAUGGCGUCAGUAAGCCAGUAGGUGUUGAGCAACCUGCAGACCCAACAGUUCAAGAUGCCUCUCUCGCCCAGAUGUCUCCUAAACUAGAUCCAAGUAAACGGGGUCAUCCUAACUUUAAUUCCUUCGGGAGCGGCCCCAUUCUGCAGAACUCCCCACCCCUCUCCUCCAAAGGCUCCCACCACUUUGACCCAAAUAACAUUAACAUUGAUGACUCCGUGGAUCCCUGCAAGCCAACCCCAGCUUUGACAAGCGGCGUCUUUUGUCCCGUCACUGGUAAUCAUGUUAAUGAAAUCUUAGACUCACCCAAGAAGGCAAAGUCGCGUUUAAUAACGACCACUGAGCAAGUGAAAUUUCUCUGUUUUCUGUUGAGCGGCUGCAAAGUGAAGAAAUACGAAACUCAGCCUCUCGAUUUGGAUGCGUGUUCUCAGGAUGAAGGAGCCGUGAUCUCGAAGAUCUCAGAGAUUCCUAACAGGGACGGCCACGCGACUGAUGAGGAGAAACUGGCCUCCACGUCGUGUGCUCAGAAGUCAGCAGGGGCUGGGGUCCAAGGCAUAGAAAAGGAGACAUGCCAGAAGAUGGAGAAAGAGGAACUGGCGGUGCAUGGACUGCUGGAGUCCUCUUCAGAAAAGGCCCCCGUGUCUGUGGCCUGUGGGGGUGAGAGCCCCCUGGAUGGGAUCUGCCUCAGCGAAGCAGACAAGAGUGCCGUGCUCACGUUGAUCAGAGAAGAGAUAAUCACUAAAGAGAUCGAAGCAAAUGAAUGGAAGAAGAAAUACGAAGAGACCCGAGAAGAAGUUCUGGAGAUGAGGAAAAUUGUGGCAGAAUAUGAAAAGACCAUUGCCCAAAUGAUUGAGGACGAGCAGAGGACAAGCAUGAGUUCUCAGAAGAGUUUCCAGCAGCUGACCAUGGAGAAGGAGCAGGCGCUGGCGGACCUGAACUCUGUGGAGAGGUCCCUUUCUGAUCUCUUCAGGAGAUACGAAAACCUGAAAGGCGUGCUAGAAGGAUUCAAGAAGAAUGAAGAAGCCUUGAAAAAGUGUGCUCAGGACUACUUAGCCAGAGUCAAGCAGGAAGAGCAGCGAUACCAGGCCCUGAAGGUUCACGCAGAGGAAAAGCUGGACAGAGCCAACGAGGAGAUUGCUCAGGUUCGUUCCAAGGCGAAGGCUGAGAGUGCCGCUCUCCAUGCCGGACUCCGGAAGGAGCAGAUGAAGGUGGAGUCCUUGGAGAGGGCCCUUCAGCAGAAGAAUCAAGAGAUUGAGGAGCUGACAAAAAUCUGUGACGAGUUGAUCGCAAAGCUGGGAAAGACCGACUGAGAGCUGUCCCGUGAGCUGUGCAGAUCUGAGUCUGGCUGCUUCUGUCGUGACCACAUUAUCUUGCCUUAUCCAGAAAUAAUCACCCCGAUCCCCUCUUUGCAGAGAAAAGUAACUGUUUCAAAGCACAUGCCUGCUGCUGCCAUUGUCCCUGCUUCGCCGUUGCGCUGCUGCCGCUGCUGCGGCCUGGCUGGUGGAGAGGGAGUCACGAGACGGCUCUGCCCUGCGACCUGGCUGCCAGCUUCCCUUAGAGCAGGCUGCUGGGUCUGGCUUGGGCUUCUACAGCUUGAGUUCAUCUAGCCGUCCUUGUCGUUUUUGCUUUUCCCAAGUUUGUGACAUUUCUAAUUUUGUGGCAACUGUGUGGGUUUAUCUUCCCAGCUCCUGUUUGAUGUUUUUAUGACCUAGUUAAUGUUUGAAAUUUUCAGUAUCAGCAGUUUUACUGAAGACGUCUGAGCCAUCGUCACUAACACUUUGUCGAUGGGGCUCCAAACUCCCUUUUAGUUACAGACCGACUCAUGCAUGUGUUCUCUACAUUCUGCCGCUUUUCCCCUGAGGCAUAUCCAGAUAAGACCCUUUAGGGAGGAGCGUAGUUACAGAAAGAAAUGUAGGCUCUUAUUUUGAAACAGAGCCCUAGGUCUAAAAGCCAGCUUCAGACUUGGUAGGGGCUGGGAACCUAGCUCUACUGGGGAGUGCUUCCGGUACACAGAGCCCUGGGUUUGGCCCCCAGAACUACAAACACUGGAUAGUGCAUGCCUGUAAUCUCAACACUCCAGAGGUGGAGGCAGGAUUAAUUACCAUAACUCCAAGGUCACCCUCAACUACAUAGCUUCUUGGAGGCCAGGCUGGACUAUGUGAGGCCUUGCUUCAAACAAGGAGUGAGUGGAAGCAUGGGGUAUCCCAGCUAGUGGGAGGUGGGACAGGAAGAUCACUUGAGCCCAGAGUUUAAGGACAGCAGUGCACUAGGCAAACAGUCCUUUUCUUAGAAACCAAACACCCAAACCAAACCUUUAGUCAGGGUGGAGAGGCUGAGGAUACGAGGGCCAGGGGACAUAGGUUUCAUGUCUAAGGAAGAUUUGCUGUGCUGUCUGCUCCCCUGGUAUUUGGAUACCCCAGGACCUCAGCAUGGUCCCCUAUGCUCAUACCAAAAGCAGCAUCUCGUGACCAGCAGCGUGGGCCUCCCUCAGAGCUGGCCUUGGAUGCNUGCNUCCACCCCGGGNCNGAUGAGUCUCUAAAGCAAAGUCAACUUCCGUUAUUUAUUUGAAACGCAUACCAAUGGGAUGUGGGAAAGGUUUAGUUGAUCUUGUUAAAAGAUGGCAGCCUAGGUUUUCCCUGUUUAAAGGCACAGCACCCUUUUAGAGACUUGAAAAUAACAGCAACAGCUUUCAUCCUGGAGAUGGGCUUUAAACAGAAUGGGCCUUUCGUUCUCCAAACCAGCCCCUGGGAAUAGUCUAAACAAAGACUGCUUGAAUGCUGGGAAGGGGAGCAAGGGGGAGGUCCACACAGACAAAGCAAAAUUCUGUGAACUCAGACUGGACUUACCCUGAGGGCAUUAACCCCCAAAUAGACAUUUCCCUCUUUGAUGCUAGUGACUUCUUUCCAUCUAUCUGACAGGCAAAGUCAAGUCUACUCAAGUUUUGAUGCUUUUUUUUUUUUUUUUUUGCCUUAAUCUUACACCCUGUGUCUUCAUGGUAAAUGUGCACUAUUUAGCACACAGGCAUAUCCCUCCUUGUAAAACCACUGCAUGAGCCGACUUCAGCAAUGAAUUGUGCCUCAUGGAGAACCUCCAUAGAUCUUAAAAACAGUGUUCCUUUAGCAGUGUGUUGCCAUGUGCUGUAACUUUUAGCCCCAGGGAAGUGAGUAAUGUCUUUUCAAGCUAGAAAUCACAUUUUUGUCAAUAUGCAUUUAUUAUAACCGGUGCUUAGGUUAGGCUCUAUUCUGAGGCCUACUGUCUUUUAACAUUUUGUACAAAAAAGAAAAAAAAAAACCAACAACCCACAAGCAGACAGAAAUUAUCUGUGGUUGGAGAAAUGGCUUGACAAUCAUUUGGGCUCUGAAUUUUGUCACAGUGGCUUAAUGCAAAGCCCAUAGCAGUGGACAUAGUGUCAUGUUCAAGUGUCUUCAUGGGUCAUAACCAAUGUCAGCUUAGCCAUCUUCCUGCAAGGGAAGUUAAUUUUGCAUUUUAAGAAACACCGCAGGAAUUUUUGCUACAGUGUUACGGCAGCAUCCGUGUGCGCUCAUUUUAUAUUGACUUAUUUUCAGUAUGAAAAGCUUAAGAGGGUCUCCGUCGGAAAUCUCUUGUUCCCUGAUUUUUUUUUUUCUUUUAAUAGUACUGAGAUUGUACCCAGGGUCUUGAACAUGCUAAGCAAGUGCUUUAUCAUGGAACUGUAUCUUCCCCUGUCAUCUUUUUAAGCAUGCAUAUUUUUAAAGUGUCCUGUGCUGUGCUGUAUGUUAGGCAUAGGAGAGGAACAGUGGCUGUCCCUCCCUGCCACACUGGCAGACGGGCCUUGAAUCACAGGCCCUGCUAAAUGAAGCUGCCGUACAGGGGACGUGAACUAGCCCUCUAAGCAGUGCUUGCCAGUGGCCUCUUAGUCAUCACCAUUACUAGGAAAAUGUUCACAACGUCCAGCUUUCGAAGAUCCUCCACCAAGAAUAAGAAUGUAGCUUGCACAACUGGCAAAUUAAGAAAAUAUACUAGGCAGAGUAAAGUCUAUUUAUUUAUUUUGUUUUAAUUAAAUAAGCCCUAAAAAGCUUUUUAGCACCCUGGAGAGUAAAAAAUAUAAAGUCGUCUUCAACACACGCUGGGGGCCGAAAGCUGCUUUGUGAGGUGAUUAGAAGGGGGACCAGGCCUGGUGGCACCUGCCUAUAACCCUAGCACCCUGGAGGCAGAGGCAGGGACUAAAAGUUCAGGCCUCGACUGGGCUAUACCGAGGGACCCUUGUUUUCAAAGACUUGAAAGCUGUGUCUGGUGGUAGCGUUUGCCGACCACGUGCCAGGCACUGUUGCCAAUCCCCAGCACUCUCGAACAAAAUAUAAAACACAAGAGAAAGGCUCACAGUGGCUUAUGGGAUAUUAGACGAUCUCAUUGAGAACUGUUUCUUCAGUUCUGCGUUGCCAAAGUACAGGCAGCUCUUAACCCGUCAGUGUUACAGACGGACCCAGUUUACGGUGGCUCGGAUGGAAAGCAGUGCUUGCUCUGUGUGGAGACCAGGAAUUCCCCUACACUUCAUAUUCUCUGAAGCUCUAAUGCAUCUUCAGGCAUCUUGAGAAACAGACCAAAUUAGGAAGUCCCGAAGCACAGGGUUGGGAGGCCCGGAGUGGAUGGGAUGAAAUCCCUGAUUUCAGGGUUAUAGCUUAACGCUAAACUUCCUUUCCAGCCAGUGGCCCUGUUCCCCCUGCAGACAUGCCUGUGUACAAAAGCUUGCUCAAUCGCUCGCUCGCUCACUGGGCAGCCCUGGGCUGAGCAUGGCAGGCCAAAGCCUUCCCUUUCAGCAAAGAUGGCACGGGCUAGGAAGGGCCUGCGGCUCACAGGGCACACUGAAUUGAAAGUGGCAUGGCCCUUCUGAAGCCCCCCUUCCCAAUUCCCCGGGGCUCCAUUUCAGAUGAUCUCUCCGCUCAGCUGUUGCUGCUGUCUCUCUGUAGGCCUGUGGCCCUCUAAGCUUGCUCUCAGGUUUUGUUUUUUUUUUUGUUUUGUUUUAAGUCUUCUUGGGAAGAGAGAAUAUAGAUGUUGAAAGAGUAAAUGAUUUAGGCAAGGAAUUUAAAGAUGUAUAUAUUAUAAAGAAUUUUAAAGGUAACAGAUUACUAUUUACUUACUAAUGAACAGGUAAGGUCUGGGAGUCCCAGAACACCAAGCCAAAGGUUGAAGAAAUCACCUUUCAAAAAGUUUUAAUAAUGAAUUUAUUUCAAAGGAGACUAAUGUCCAGGAAAGGUUUGACUGGCCUCCAGAUUACGAUUAUUUUUUUUUUAAGCAAUUUAACAGGGCUGGGGUUGUAGCUCAGUUGGUGACACACUUGCUCAGCAUGCACAAGUCCCUGGAUGUCAUCCUCCACCCCCACCCCCCAGUGCUGGGGGAAAAAAA